CGUUUCGGUUAAAUGCCCGCUGCCGUCGCCGAACUCGCGCCAACUUCCUGCCUCCUCAUCACUAUCAGGCUGUGUCGAUCGACAAUUUCUUUUGCACCAAGUCCCACUCUAAGCAGACUCUGAGUCCGGCAACACACUCCCAACUUUGGAGGCCUUGGCGAUUGACCAUCGUUGGAGUACAAACAUCCUCAUCGGGGCGGAGUGGUUUGUUAAGAUCCUACAGACUACACGUCGUUAACUAAAGAUAACGGUUCAAGGAAGGAGCUACUGAAGAGGGAAACUCAAAACUAUCACGAUAAUUGUCCAUCAACAACAUGCAAACAGCUACCUUACAAGAGGAUCGUCCCACCGAUCAACCCCAUAACCAGAACGGCAACAAAUCAAAUCCUAUCAUUAAUUUCCAAAAAGAAAUCGAUGAAAUUGCUCGCAAGAACCAUCAGCCAUCAGCCACUACCCUGCUCUCAGAUAACCAUACCCAUGCACUGGUCUCUCAGUUAGAGAAUUCACAUAUCACAGCCGAUUCUCUCUUGGUUGGAUUAGAGAAAGUCAAUCAAGUCGAACCGGGCGUCCCUCUCAAGGCACGACUGCUCAAUCGAUCUAGUUUCAUGACCAAGUCACUCGCAACCUAUCUUGAGAAAAGGCUGGUAACCGAUCACGAAUUGAUCAUCUACCUAGGCCCACACAACCUCCAUCAUCCAUCUCUCGGUGUCCUUUUUCAAUCUGAAUAUGAGUUGUCUGCGGGAGAUCCUGCCCAGAAGCUUUCACUCACCUCGAACGAUAAAUCACAAAUUAUUGAAGGAUUACAGGAGAUCUCAAAUUCGAUCGGAGCCGAAGUUUUUACUCUCUGGGAUGGUUUUCAAGAUGAGAAAGUCCAUGAACCUCAACCCGACGAGGAAAGCCUUGUUGACAAGCUGGCUGUAAACGACGAAGCUAUUUUGGAGCGUUGGAAUCCUAGCUCAAUGAGACUUAUGAUUCGGAGCAUCCCUGAAAGUGCGCACGACAUAGUAGAGUUGCGUGUAGCCUGUGUUGGAAAUGUCGAUUCCGGAAAAAGUACCACUUUAGGCGUGCUUACAAAAGGAAAGUUAGAUGAUGGUCGUGGUCGGGCUCGAGUAUCUUUGUUUCGACAUAAACAUGAGCUGGACAGUGGUCGAACAUCAUCUGUCGGUAUGGAAAUUAUGGGAUUUGAUGCUAAAGGUAGGGAGGUUCGCCCUGAUGGGGCUGCUGGUGACCUGCUCACAGCUUCCAACCAAGUUGGAUUAAGGAAACAGCAACUCAGCUGGGACGAUAUUUGUAAGAAGGCGGCCAAGGUGGUCAGCUUCAUUGAUUUGGCUGGACACGAGCGUUAUCUAAAGACAACUAUCUUCGGCUUGACGGGCUGUUCGCCUGAUUUUGUCCUCUUGAUCAUCGGUGCUAACGCCGGGCUCAUUGGCAUGAGCAAAGAACAUUUAUCGGUUGCUCUAGCAUUGUCUAUCCCGGUUGUUGCUGUGAUCACUAAAGUUGACAUGACGCCGGCUAACGUAUUGGAACAAACUGUUAAGCAACUCGUCAAAAUCCUUAAAAGUCCUGGCUGUCGUAAGGUACCUGUAUUUGUCAAAAAUGAAGGAAUGAGUUCCGAGUUAGCUCAAACCUUUAUACAAGAGAAGGCCUGCCCAAUCUUUAUGAUCAGUAAUGUUACUGGAAAUGGCAUAGCACCACUGAAGGUAUUCUUGAACAGUCUUCCUGCUGGUCUUGAGGCGCAAUAUCCGACCGAUGACCCUUUGGAGUUCACUAUAUCCGAUGCGUUUUCAGUGCCAUUUGUUGGGACGGUAGUUUCAGGCGUGAUAGUCUCAGGCCAUUUGGCAACAGGCCAGGAAGUGUGGUUAGGGCCGGAUGGCCUUGGUCAUUUCCAACUCACCAUCAUAAAAUCGAUUCAAAGGAAACGGGUUCACGUUGAUCAUGCUCAUGCUGGUCAAAGUGUUAGUCUAAAUCUUAAGCGAAUCAAACGCUCUGGAGUUCGAAAAGGAAUGGUCAUCCUUUCUAAAAAUCUCGAAAGUCCACCGAAAGCUACUAAAGUCUUCGAAGGUCAAGUAUUGAUCCUAUACCACAACAGUACCAUCCAGCCCAACUAUCAAGCAAUGCUUCAUGUUGGGAGUGUGAGACAAACCGUCAAGAUUUUAUCUAUCGAGAAGAGUAAAGUCUUGAGGACUGGUGAUCGAGCUAAGAUCAAGUUCGAAUUUAUGAAGCAACCCGAGUUUGUCAAGCUUGGCCAAAAACUUCUGUUUAGAGAAGGUAAAACAAAAGGCUUAGGCGUCAUAACUAAACUCCUUUAACCGCAUGGCAAAAAACUAACAAAAGAAAAAAGGUGCCAAACUCAUCAUUAGUCUGAUUGGUCUGAUGUCUCAUACACCUAUGAUAACUCAAUGGUCUCAUGAGCACCUAUGAUAACUAUAGCUUCUAGCUGCCCCCACCUUAUGUUUUCUUUUCUGUUUCUUUAUAUCCAAUGUUUGUAAAUUGAUGUAUGUUGUAAAAAUAUUUUGUUGUCCUGAGAAACCUUUAUAACCAUUGUCUCCUCCAAGAAAACAUCACUGACUUGUCUGAGAUGUUUUGUUUCUGGAUUUUUAAAUGUAUUUCCAUUCCCCAUUUUUUUUUCUCCUAAAGCCAUAUGUCUGAGUCUUGUCUGACAUUAUGAUAUUUUUGCAAGUCUCCCUGGGUACUACCUCCUCUUUGAAAGAAGAAAUGAAAAAUUGUCUAUUUCAGACAGAUUCUGAAUGGAUUCUUUUGAGCUCCUGCAUGCACUUCAC